AAAUUUCCUCAGAAGGGAUUUUGCCGCCUUUGUGGUACUUUUGAUGAUUUUUCUAUCAGUACGUCGCGCCAAUUUGUAAUAACAAAACUGGUUUGUGAUUGUGUGCGUUGGGCAGUGACCUGCUUUCAGAUCAUCACGGAAUCGAUAAAAGUGGCUCUCGUAUAAUUCAUUAAAAUAUUUUGUUCGUGUGCAUAUCAUUUUUACGACGUAGAUCUCGAUCUUGAAAACGACUUAAAUGUUUUUCCUUCCAUUCCUAAUAUUCAUCACGCGCGGUCACCAGUAAAAAUUCUACGGCAGUGAUCGUCUGGUGUUUGUUUUUCGUUCGAUCUAAGGAUGAGCCUGGAGGAAGUGCGAAGUUGAAAAAGAUCUGUCAAUUCAGAUUGUUGUGACUUCUUGAUUCUGUGUGUGUGUAUUUACGUCAAGGCAAGUGUUGAUAUGGAUAAAUUGAAAACUGCGUAUAUUGUUGUGUACUACUGUUUUUUGUUUUUGUGAGUGCAAUCAUUCCACUGAUCAUUUCGUUCUUAUUUACUCCUCUUUAUAAGGGAGAGGCGGCGAUGGGGCGUCGCUCCAUGCCGCCUCUCUUGCAUCUGGUACUUCUGUUAGUGUUCUUGCUGUCCACGGGAGAAGCGCAGAGACCAGAUCGUUAUGAAAAAGUAUGCAGAAGUAUCGAUAUCCGGAACAAAGUUGAGAACUUCAAGAAGCUUGAGAACUGCACUGUCAUCGAGGGAUCUCUACAGAUUCUACUCAUCGACCACGGAAAAGCACAGGACUAUGAUUAUCUUUCUUUUCCGAACUUGGUGGAGAUAACCGACUAUCUGCUUGUCUACAGAGCUUUUGGUCUGAACUCUCUCGGUAAACUCUUCCCGAAUUUAGCUGUGAUAAGAGGCAACGAGCUCUUCCAUAACUACGCGCUGGUCGUGUUCGAGCUGUAUCAGCUCCAGGAAAUUGGGCUCAGUAAUCUCACAGACAUUCUAAGAGGUUCUGUGAGAAUCGAGAAAAAUCCAGGACUUUGUUAUGUGGAAACAAUUGAGUGGGAUCUGAUUGCCAAGGAGGGUAAAGGUGGUCAUUUCAUCAAGGGAAAUAAAAAGUCUGCAGAUUGUCCCAAUACUUGUCCUGGACCACCCACUGUUUGUCCAAAAUCAACCGAGAAACCUACUUACUUGUGCUGGAAUUCUCAAAAGUGCCAGAAAAUCUCACCCUGCAUCAAAAAAGAAUGUGAUCUGCAAAAUUCAUCGUGUUACAAUUCAACUCAUUGCUGUCAUCCUGAAUGUCUUGGCGGUUGCACAGGCCCUCUAUCAUCUGACUGCACUGUUUGCAGGCAUGUUGUAUGGGAAGGAAAAUGUAUGAAAAAAUGUCCACCAAACACUUAUGAGUUUAUGAAUCGAAGGUGUGUUAGAGAAGAUGAGUGUCGAAAUUUUUCAAUAUCUCACAAGCAUUCUUCUGGGGGAGAAUAUCCUAAAGUUCCUGAUGUAUAUUAUAAACCAUUUCAAUCACAAUGCACAACAGAAUGUCCUUCUGGCUACAUAGUCGACGAUAACAAUCCUCACGUUUGCAAAAAAUGUAGAGCCAAAUGUCCCAAGGUAUGUGCUCCAAUGACUGUGGAUCAUGUUGGAGCAGCGCAAAAUUACAAAGGAUGUACUCGGAUAAAUGGUUCUCUAGAGAUUCACAUUCAGGGCGGAUCCAAUGUCAUCAAAGAGCUAGAAGAAAAUUUGAAUAUGGUUGAGCAGAUUGAUGGAUAUUUAAAAAUAGCACGUUCAUUUCCUUUGGUUUCAUUGAAUUUUUUGAAGUCUCUUACUGUUAUUAAAGGUGACACAUUAGAUAAAAAAGACUACUCUCUGUUAGUAUUGGACAAUCAAAAUUUGCAAGAGCUCUGGGAUUGGAAAUUACGCACCAAUAAACUGAAAAUUUUAAAUGGCAAAAUAUUUUUCCACUUCAAUUCUAAACUGUGUCCAAGUAAAAUCCAAGAAUUAAAAACCUAUGCUGAAGUAGCUGAUUGGGAUGAAAGAGAUGUAUCACCAAGCUCCAAUGGUGACAGGGUUGCAUGCGAUGUAACUAAUAUGAAUGUAACAGUAAGAAAUGCUUCACCUUCUAUUGUAACUGUAAAAUGGGAUAGUUUUGGAAAAAAUCUUAUUGAUGAUCGGUCACUUUUAGGAUAUGUGAUAUAUUACCGAGAAACACUGUUCCGGAAUAUUUCAAUAUUUGAAGGGCGAGAUGCAUGCGGAACUGAUGCGUGGACUGUCAGAGAUGUAGAAUAUGUAGAAAAUACGAACAAUUUCAUAAUUCAUAACAUUACCGGUCUUAAACCUUUCACCCAAUAUGCACUUUAUAUUCGCACUUACACCACUGCAUCUGGAAGACAAGGUGCCCAAAGCUCCAUCGUGUAUUUCAAAACUUUAUCUAACACUCCUUCACCUCCAGUUAAUAUUAAAGCUAGAUCCACAGUACAUAAUGAAAUAGUGGUAUCUUGGAAGCCCCCCAAGAAUCCGAAUGGAAAUGUUACUUAUUACAUUGUUGAAGGGUUGUAUGAAGAAGAUACCUCCUAUUUUAUGUAUCAAAGAAGAAACUAUUGUUUAGAGCCUAUAGCCUACCCAGAUUACAGAAAAAGUAUUUAUGAUGAUGAAUCAACGCAAAUAGGUUAUUUUGAAAAUGUAACAUCAUCUUCUGAGUCCACAGAGAACGAAUGCUGUUCUUGUUCAAAGGAUCAACAUAGAUUAGGAGAUGAUGACGAAGAAGCAGAAUCGCAAAUUCAUUUUGAAGACUUUCUACAAAAUAAAGUAUACAUAAGAAAUCCUAAUAGUUAUAAAGUCAAAAGACAUAUAAUGGAAUUUUUAAGCGAUGGUCCUGAAUCAAGUUUUAGCAGCACUUCUCCUGCCUCACAAUCUGGAGAUGAGGUGACUCAGUAUAAAAAUGGAAAUCUUCUGCACUUCAAAGAAGUAGUGCGCCAUAAUCCCUUCUUGGUUGUUACCAACUUGAAACAUUUCACUGAAUACACUAUUGAGGUUCGUGCCUGUCAGGAUAAAUCUGAAAAAAAUAUUGAACCAUGCAGUAUCAAAGCAAUUACAAGUGUAAGAACUUUGCAUUUAGCUGGUGCUGAUGAUAUUAGAAGUAGCAGUGUGCACAUCCUUACAGAAAAUGUAACAGCCUACUCUUCUUUUAUUCGCUGGGAAGAUCCUAAAGAUUCCAAUGGUGUUAUAGUAGCUUUUACAAUAGAGUACAAAAAAGUUAACGGGGAAAAUCACAAAGCUAAAAGAAUUUGUGUGACAAAAGAUCAAUUUCAUCAACAUGGAGGUUAUUUUCUUUCUGAACUACCCCCUGGUAAUUAUUCUCUUCGAAUUAGAGCAACAUCUAUGGCAGGCCAUGGAAAUUGGACAAGUCUUGUUUACUUUCAUAUAGUUGCUGCUUCUGAAAGCUCAGCUACUGAAACCAUUCUUGUUGUGGGCAUAAUAUUGUUUCUUUGUAUUGCGAUUGGAACUAUUUAUGGUGUUUACAGAUUCAAAGUGAAGCAAAGAAUUCCGGAUUAUGUUGAUUAUGCAUCAGUUAAUCCAGAAUAUAUGAGUUCUAAUUUAGUGUAUGUUGCGGAUGAAUGGGAAAUAGCUAGAGACAAAGUCAAACUUUUGGAUGAACUUGGCCAAGGAUCAUUUGGAAUGGUAUACAAAGGAGAAGUCCGUGAUAUGGGAGGAAAAGCUUUCCAACCUUGUGCUGCAAAGACAGUGAAUGAAUCUGCAUCUUUGCGAGAAAGAAUAGAAUUUUUGCAAGAAGCUUCUGUUAUGAAAGCAUUUAACUGUCAUCACGUCAUUAAACUGAUGGGUGUUGUAUCCAAAGGACAACCAACAUUGGUAAUCAUGGAGCUCAUGACUAAUGGAGAUUUGAAAACAUUUUUACGUUCUCGACGCCCAGAUGAGAACCCUGGACAAGUUGCACCUGCCAUGCCAGAAAUUUGCAAAAUGGCUGCUGAAAUAGCUGAUGGCAUGGCAUAUUUAGCUGCCAAGAAAUUCGUUCACAGAGAUCUUGCAGCUCGUAAUUGUAUGGUGUCUACGGACUUGACUGUGAAAAUAGGAGAUUUCGGAAUGACCCGAGAUGUUUACGAAACUGAUUAUUAUCGUAAAGGAGGAAAGGGUCUUUUACCUGUUCGUUGGAUGUCGCCAGAAUCCCUGAAAGAUGGUAUUUUCGACAGUCAAACAGAUGUCUGGUCAUAUGGAGUUGUUCUUUGGGAAAUGGCAACUUUAGCCUCUCAACCAUAUCAAGGUUUAUCAAAUGAAGACGUUUUGAAGUUUGUUAUUGCAGGAAAUACUAUGGAUAGACCAGAAGAUUGUCCUGAUUUAUUAUUCGAAGUGAUGACAAUGUGUUGGAAUAAAAACCCUAAAGCCAGACCAACAUUUUUGGAACUAGUCGAAAUGUUUUUACCUCACGUGGAAAACAUAGUGCAAGAUGUUUUUCAUUACUUUAUGUACAAAGCUAAAACUGAAAAUGAUGAUUCAGUGACUCCAAAUACUCCUCUACGCUCAUCAAUGCGUGAAGAGGAGUCAAAUGACCACGAUUAUAGAUAUUUUCCAAGUGCAACAAUGCUUCCAGAAGAAGAUGAGGCAGAAGAAAUCGUAAACGGGGGUGAGCUUGUCGAAGCUACUAUUUCUUCUGUCGACGAACUUCGGACAGUUCACGUCAAUUCUAAUGAUGGAAGCAAAGGAGUUUCUGUCAAUUAUUCAGAUGGAAGCAAAGGAAGUAAAAUUAGUACUCUAUCAAAUGGUAGUAUAGCAAAUGGACACGCUUACUGUGCCAAAAGUAACUGAUAGUACGGACAUUUUGGUGUUUCUUUUCCUCUUGUUUUGAACUUCCGCAAUAAUUUAUUUAUCAACAUGGCAUUUUUCUCCACGGACUUUCUCAUUGAAGGAUGUUACCAUAUUGUAAUAUAAAUUCAUGCGUCUGCUACGUUUCCAGGGGUUCUUCUUCUUUUAAGGUUGUGAAUGUUGAAGCACCGAAGAUCAGAAAUUUUUUAAGUAAUAAUAUUUCUUGCUUGUAAUGUUUUAAGUAUUGUUUAAAUUUUAAAAAUGUAUGUUUGUUAGUGUUAUCUUGAUGGCUUUAAAGAAAAUUAAGAUGUAAUAUUAAAAAAAAAAAGGCUACAGUAAUGAUGAUUAUUAAAAUUUCUUAAUUUUUUGUCUUUUAAAUUCUAAUUAAAGAAUUAUAGUAAUCAACUAUUUCACAGAUUUUUCUUUACAAUAGUCUGAAAUUAAAAAAGAAACUGUUCUAAAUGCCAAUUACUCUCUCAGAUUUAUUUUAAAUGACUGAAUGGGAUAUCAAAAAAGAAAAUUGUUUUGUUCAUUUUGUUGAAUUAUAAUUGGUAUGAAACAUCUGAAUAUUUAUCAAAACUUCGUAAAGCACCAUACAAAGAAAACUAAAAGCUAUGUACUUCAAGAAGAACGAAUCAUCCCUCAUCAGGUAGUUAUCAGUUUUAAAUUUUUCGUGUAUGGUGUUUUAUUAAAGUUUUAAAAAAUGCUCAUUGUAGUUCAAAAUAAUUCUUUUUCAACCUAAUCAAAUUUCACAUUUAAAAUUAAUAAAAUGCUACACUGAGAAAUUUUCUAAUUAAUUGCUGUUAAUGCUUCUGUUUACUUUUGUUUGUUAGACAAGUGAGUUAAUAUAAAAACUGCUUUUAUUUUCCUUCUGAUGAAACAGCCUAUCAUAUAUAUAGCCAUCUUUUCUCUGACCUCAAUUAUAUAUUUGAACAAAUCUCAGUGCACCUUCUUCCAAAGCAACUGCAGUGAUAUUUUUAUAACUGUUUGCUUUUUAUUUGCUACAAUGUAGUUGAUCAUUAAUCUCAUGCAAUUUAAACAUUUCAUAAUAAGUGUUCUUGUCGUAUUCAUUUUUUUUUUUUUAAUAUUGUUGGUUUAUUGUAAAAUUGUAUGUCCCAAAUGUAACCUGUAAAGCAUGUUUUCAUAGAGUAAUUUAUUGUUCAUGAUUUAUUAUAUUUUUUUUAAUAAAAAUGUUACAUUGUUU